GUGGAAAGUGCCGCUGUGAAUGCUCCGCUGAGUGAAUGAUGGCGUGCCUGCUGGAGGCCCCUUUACGCAUCAGCGUGUUAUCUGAAGUCACAGCCACGAGUCGCCACUAUGUUGACCGGCUUUUUGACCCCGACCCACAGAACGUGCUGCAGGGAGUCAUUGACAUGAAGAAUGCUGUCAUCGGAAACAACAAACAAAAGGCCAACCUGAUUGUGCUGGGAGCCGUGCCAAGACUCCUGUAUCUUCUCCAGCAGAGCUCCUCGAGUCUGGAGCUGAGGACUGAAUGUGCGGUCGUGUUGGGCAGUCUGGCAAUGGGCACAGAGAACAACAUCAAGUCCCUGGUGGACUGUCACAUCAUCCCAGCCCUACUUCAAGGUCUCUUGUGUUCUGAUCUGAUCUUCAUUGAGGCAUGUCUGCGCUGUUUAAGAACCGUCUUCAUCAGUCCAGUCACACCAGUGCAGCUGCUCUACACAGACCCCACCGUGAUCCCCCAUCUCAUGUCCCUGCUGAGUCGGUCACAGCACACACAGGAAUACAUCACGCAAAUCUUCGCCCACUGCUGCAAGACUCCAGAACAUCAGACGGUGUUGUUCAACCACGGUGCCAUCCAGAACAUCGCUCCUCUGCUCAUCUCUCCCUCCGAUAAGGUACGGAUGCAGGCGUUAAAGUGUUUCUCAGUUUUGGCCUAUGAGAACGCUCAGGUUUCCAUGACACUGGUGAAUGUGCUUGUAGAUGGUGAGCAGCUCUCUCAGGUUUUUGUUAGAAUGAUGCAAAGGGACAAACCCAUUGAAAUGCAGCUUACAGCCGCCAAAUGCUUAACAUACAUGUGUCGAGCAGGAGCCAUCAGGACAGACGACAACUGUAUUGUACUAAAGACUUUGCCGUGCCUGGUGCGGAUGUGCAGUAAAGAGCGGUUACUGGAGGAGAGGGUGGAGGGGGCUGAGACACUAGCCUACCUGAUGGAGCCAGACGUAGAACUGCAGCGGAUUGCAAGCGUCACUGACCACCUCGUGUCCAUGUUGGCUGACUACUUUAAAUACCCAAGCUCCGUCAGCGCCAUCACUGAUAUUAAGAGGUUGGAUCAUGACUUGAAACAUGCACAUGAGCUGCGACAGGCGGCCUUUAAACUCUAUGCCUCACUGGGCUCCAAUGACGAGGAUAUCAGGAAAAAGAUUACAGAGACGGAAAAUAUGAUGGACAGGAUUGUUAGUGGCCUAUCAGAAUCUAGUAUCAAAGUACGGUUAGCAGCAGUCAGAUGUCUUCACAGUUUAUCACGGUCUGUACAACAGUUAAGGACAAGUUUCCAUGAUCAUGCAGUAUGGAAGCCACUAAUGAAGUUAUUACAGAACGCACCAGAUGAGGUCCUGGUCAUGGCCUCUUCAACACUAUGCAACCUACUGCUGGAGUUUUCACCCAGCAAAGAGCCUAUCUUAGAUUCUGGGGUCAUAGAGUUACUAUGCAGCCUCACACAAAGUGACAGCCCAGCUCUAAGAGUCAAUGGCAUCUGGGCUCUCAUGAACAUGGCCUUCCAGGCAGAUCAGAAGGUGAAGGUGGAGAUAGUUCGAGCUCUGGGCACAGAACAGCUCUUUAGACUCCUGUCUGAUCCUGAUACCAAUGUGCUAAUGAAAACACUGGGGCUGCUUCGAAACCUGCUCUCCACCCGGCCGCAUAUAGACCAGAUCAUGAGCUCACAUGGGAAGCAGAUAAUGCAAGCGGUCACGCUUAUCCUGGAGGGAGAACACAGCAUAGAGGUCAAAGAGCAGACAUUGUGCAUAUUGGCCAAUAUUGCUGAUGGAAACGCUGCCAAGGAACUCAUUAUGACCAAUGACGACAUGCUCCAAAAAAUUAAAUAUUAUAUGGGUCACUCCAACGUGAAGCUGCAGCUGGCUGCCACCUUUUGCAUCUCUAACCUCAUCUGGAAUGAGGAGGACGGCUCACAAGAGAGACAAGACAAGCUAAAGGACAUGGGCUUUGUUGAUAUCUUACACAAACUCACCCAGGCAUCAGAUCCCAACCUCUGUGACAGGGCAAAAACGGCUAUGCAGCAGUAUUUGGCAUGACCUCGAAGGAAGGCGGGAAACGGCCUCACUAACAAUCUCUAGGAGGAUCACAUCUUCUGAGUUUUUGUUUUAGAUUCGAGUUUCGUUUUGCUCUUCCUUUUGUUUUGUUGCACAAGAUAUCUUUUGUUGUGGAGACCCUGAACAGCUUCGUAAAUCAAGAGACAUGGUUUCCAGGGGGCCACAACACCUUUUGGGCUUUCAGCUACAUUGACUUAAUACGGUUUCUGCUGAACUCUUGGAACUAUUAUAUUUUUGUUUGUUUGUUUUUUGCACUUAAUGUGAAGGGAAAAAAGCUCCUCAAAGUGUGUUGCAGCGCCACCUGGUGGAUGGAGGCUUUGACGCUUUGGACUCCCUUUGGAGAAAGCUGACCGACCUCUCAGUGCUACACUUCUAGGAGCUUAGUCUCCUUAUUUUGGUUUGCCGAUUUACUAUUGAUAUUAUUAUUAUUGUAACAAUUAUUAUUAUUAUUUUAAUUGGGACUUUAACACAAGGUUAGAAAAAGACUGCUUGUUUUUGUUCUUUUUUGUGGAUACAUACCUCGUAAAUAUAUAUAAAUAUAAAUAUAUAAAUAUAUUUUUUUGAUUUUUAAUUUCCCUUGCAGGUUGUUUUCCCCCUUUGUAUUUUCCUCUCUGUAAUUUAGGCUGAUGUGGGUAUACCUGGAGAGGCAGCAUGUUGGGUCAUACACAAAGACAUUUCAUAGAAAACGUCCAACCCCAAAUAGAAGGUGAAAGUUUGUUUGCUCUUUACACCGUUUCCUUGUUUUCUCAUUUUCACUAUCUUUAUCUUUACAAAAAUCAGUGUCCUCAUAACUCCCUCUUUUUGAAGCUCUAUAGUGAAUGUUUCCACUCAAAUAUAUGCAGGCCUCUGCCAUGGUGCAGCCCACUGCUUUGUGUCUUUUUUCUGGGUUGGGAAGGGCUUUUUAGCACAGCAGAGCUUGGAGAUGAGGCCUAGCAGAUAUCACAUGGUUUAUAAAUGUCAGGCUUUGGUGCUUAUGUUGGAAAAACUGGUUUGAAUCCUGCCUGUGACCUAUUUCCCCAAAUAAUAUCAUAUCUUCUACCACAGAAAUGUUGCAGAAAAAUCAAAAUAUUCAGAAUUACUAACUGAAGAUGAACUCUGUCAGUUAUCACAUGCUUCAGAUAUGUUUAGCCUUGGUGCUCAUAUGGGGAAAACAUGUUUGAAUCAAGAAAAAUACACAUCUUGAAAAGUAAAGACUUAAAAUUGUGAUUGCCAUCUGGUGGCUGACUGCAGUACAGGUCAUAAACCCCGCCUUCUCCAAGUAAAUGAGCCCUUAAGCCAAACUAAAAAAUCUAAUUGCACUUCAAAUAAAUGUUUCCCAAAGAUGGUUUCCAUGAUUUUAUUUCUUACAAUGCUGAUUUA